UCGUAGACGUAAAUGCGAAGACUUUUCAACAAAGAAAGCGACUUCGAGAAAAUAUGAUGGUGGGUGGCGUUUGCAAUGGCAAUUAGCGACUAAUCAAGAGUUUCCCAGAUCUUUCCUUCCCCCAAUUUUGACUUUUCUUUCUUUUUUCUCCUACGGAUUCAACGUUUUCAAUCCACAAGAACGAUUUUAUAAUCGAGAUCGUUUCAGAGAAUCAAGUGCUUACUCAUUUCUAUCUAUAUUGAACUCUGCUCAAAAUUUUCUGGGGUUUUAGGGGGCUUUGGAUUUUGAUAGUUUUUGCAAACUUUUGACGCCAUGGACGCGACCUCAUGCUCUGGCGCUCUGUUCAAUAUGAAGCUUGCCGGUUCGAAUGUCCUCAAUUCGGAUCACAGAGUUUCGACGCUGUCGUUCAAUUCCUCUGGAAAAUUGCAAGUUAUUGAUAAGUCUGUAUCUCAAGGACUAGUAGUUUCUUGUUCUGGCUCUAAUGGUCACAGAGAAGUAAUGCAGGGGUUACAGCUUUCUGGCCCCAUUGAGAAGAGAAGCCGUCCUGGACGUGCAUUUUGCUCAGUACGAACUUUCACCAAUGGUGAAUUUGCUUUAGAAUCUCCCUCUCAGGCAGUGGAAGACAAGGUUGGAGUUCUGCUCCUGAAUCUAGGAGGGCCAGAAACGCUUGAUGAUGUUCAGCCAUUUUUGUAUAAUCUAUUUGCUGAUCCGGAUAUUAUUCGGCUACCAAGGUUAUUCCGUUUCCUCCAAGAGCCAUUGGCAAAACUAAUUUCUACAUUUCGUGCUCCCAAAAGCAAAGAAGGGUAUGCUUCAAUAGGAGGUGGCUCACCUCUGCGUAAAAUAACAGACGAGCAGGCACAGGCUCUUAAAAUGGCUUUGGAAGAGAAGAACAUAUCUGCUAAUGUCUAUGUUGGAAUGCGCUAUUGGUACCCUUUCACAGAGGAAGCAAUUCAGCAAAUCAAGAGAGAUGGGAUUACAAGACUUGUGGUGCUGCCACUGUAUCCACAGUACUCUAUUUCUACAACUGGGUCCAGUAUUCGUGUUCUCCAGAAGAUUUUCAGUGAAGAUGCGUAUCUCUCAACAUUGCCUGUUUCAAUUAUAAAGUCCUGGUAUCAACGAGAAGGGUAUAUUAAGUCAAUGGCUGACUUGAUUCAGACAGAGCUGAAGAAUUUUGUCGAACCUCAGGAGGUCAUGAUUUUCUUUAGUGCACAUGGGGUUCCCGUCAGUUAUGUUGAGAAUGCAGGAGAUCCAUACAAAGAUGAAAUGGAGGAGUGCAUCUACCUAAUUAUGCAAGAGUUGAAAGCCAGAGGAAUUGGAAAUGAGCAUACUCUUGCUUACCAGAGCCGUGUUGGGCCUGUACAAUGGUUGAAGCCAUACACAGAUGAAGUUCUUGUUGAGCUUGGCCAGAAGGGUAUUAAAAACCUCUUAGCCGUUCCAGUGAGCUUUGUGAGUGAGCACAUUGAGACACUUGAGGAGAUAGACAUGGAGUAUAAACACUUGGCGCUUGAAUCUGGGAUUGAAAACUGGGGGCGUGUGCCUGCCCUCAACUGCAAAUCUUCGUUCAUUUCGGAUCUAGCCGAAGCUGUAAUCGAAGCCCUUCCAUCAGCCACCGCAUUGUCGCCCCACUCAAGCUCCGCAGAUGCAUAUGGUCGUGAUCCUUUCCGAUAUGCUAUCAAAAUGCUAUUCGGCUCAAUUCUCACAUUCAUCUUGCUCCUCUCACCAAAAGCAUUGCAGGCGUUCAAGAAUAAUUUCAUCUAAGACUAGAAUAUCUUAGUGUUGCUAAGAUUGAGAAAAAAUAUUGAAUUUUUGGGCAUGGGUUCGAAGUUGGAACUAAAAAUUGACUUUUACCUUGAAGGAAAGUAGAAAUUGACUAUGGCAUAGAGAUAUACUUCGCUUUAUACAACUUUUGUAUUUUAGGCCAUUCACAGUUGCAUUAACGAUACCAUUGGCACUCAAUAAAAAUGAAGCUUUCAGGAUC